AUGGAAAAAGGUGCAAGACCCAACUGGGACAACCCCAUGCAAUUUUUGCUGGCAUGUAUAUCAUAUGCAGUUGGACUUGGAAACGUGUGGAGGUUUCCAUACCUCUGUCAAAUGCACGGUGGAGGGGGAUUCUUGAUUCCAUAUCUUCUCAUGCUGUUUCUGGAGGGUAUGCCCUUAUUCUAUUUAGAGCUUGCCAUUGGUCAGAGGAUGCGUCUAGGAAGCAUUGGAGCUUGGACUGCCAUCAGCCCUUAUUUGGGAGGCGUGGGUCUUGCUGGUGUUGUGACAUCCUUGUAUUUAUGUCUCUAUUACAAUAUCAUCAAUGCAUGGAGUUUCUGGUACCUCUUUCAUUCAUUUCAAUCAGCCUUGCCCUGGGCAGACUGUCCCAUCAAUUCAAACAGGACAGGACCUGUAGAGGAGUGUGAAAUGGCUACACCCACCCAGUACUUCUUCUACAGGGAAACACUAGACAUUUCUUCUUCUAUUGAAGAGAAUGGAGAUAUUCACACAGGCCAGGCACUGUGCCUCCUGCUUGCAUGGGUGAUUACGUACCUGUUCAUUAUACGAGGAAUAAAGUCAACUGGAAAGGUGGUAUACUUCACAGCCACAUUCCCAUAUGUGGUCCUAUUUAUCUACCUGAUUCGGGGUAUCACUCUUCAUGGUGCCAUCAAUGGUGUUAAAUACAUGUUCACACCCAAGAUGGAACAGCUUGCCAACCCUACUACAUGGAUCAAUGCAGCCACUCAGAUUUUUUUCUCUCUGGGUUUGGGCUUUGGAUCACUCAUAGCUUUUGCCAGCUACAACCAGUACAACAACAACAUUGAGUUCCAGGCCAUCAUUGUCUCCCUCAUCAACAGUGGAACUUCCAUUUUUGCCAGCUUUGUCACCUUUGCUAUCUAUGGGUUUAAGGCCACUAUCAACUAUGAGAACUGCCUGGAGAGGACACGCUUACUGCUGCUGAAUGCCUUCAAUCUAGCAGAGGACAGUGUUACCAUUGACAGUGUCUUUGAGUGGAUUGAGAAGCUAAACACAACAUAUCCGCAGCAAUUUGAUAUAAUUGCCAACAAACUGGAAAACUGUGACCUGGAGAGUGAGCUAAACACUGCAGUAGAGGGAACAGGUCUGGCCUUCAUUGUAUACAGUGAGGCCAUUAAGUACAUGCCAUUACCCCAGCUGUGGUCGGUAUUGUACUUCAUCAUGCUUCUGCUGUUAGGAUUGGGCAGCAUGCUGGGCAACAUCACUGCUAUCAUCACUCCGCUACAAGAUUUCAAGGUUGCAUCCCGCAUGAGCAACGAGUUGUUUAGUGGAUUAGUGUGUUUAUUUUGUCUGCUGCUUGGCUUGGGCUUCACCACCUCAUCGGGGAAUUACUGGUUCACCAUGUUCAAUGAUUACGGAGCCACUUUGUCCCUACUGGUUGUUGUUCUCAUUGAGGUCAUAACAGUCAGUUACAUCUACGGAAUUAAAAGGUUUGAAAAAGACAUAGAAGACAUGCUCGGUCAUCGUCCCAACUGGUACUGGAAGAUCAUGUGGGCAGGAACCAGUCCCCUUCUCCUUAUUGUUCUCCUCAUCUCCUACAUCAUCAACUAUAUCCAGGGAGGGGCACCAACAUACCAAGCAUGGAACAUAGAGCUGGGUAGGUCUGUGGUGAUGGAGUAUCCCAUUUUUGGUCAAGUGUUCAUUGGGCUACUGCUGGUAUCGUCAAUCAGCUGUAUUCCCAUCACAGCUCUGUAUGUCUACUGCAAGAAGAGGAAUGAUGGAAACCAUCACAAGAGGCAGUAUUCCAUAAGCACAGUCUGUGUUUAGUGACGAGACAAUGACCAGCCUUUUUAGUCACCUCCAUAUUUCUAU